AUGACUUCCAACCAAUCAUCUUCUGCAUCACUGCAACUAGAUAUUUCUCAGACCCCAUCUGAGAGUCACUUACUCGAGGAACGACUGCGACUGAACGUCAGCGGUCAGUACUUCGACGUCCGACUUGCGGUCCUCGAAAAACACCCGGACACCUUGCUGGGCAACAAACUGGCACGCAGCAAAUAUUACGACCCUUUGAGGAAAGAAUUCUUUUUUGACCGACACAGACCUACGUUUGAGGUCAUAUUCUCAUAUUAUCUCCACGGCAAGAAACUGCACAGACCCAAUCUCAUACCUGAGGAUGUAUUUCUAGAUGAACUGUUCUUCUUCCAGAUUGAGAAACACGUGAUAAACGAUUACAAGCGCCAAGAAGGUCACAGCGAGGAAGAAGAAGAACUUCCUCAGCAAGAGGAAGGUCUUAAAAAAUGUUUCUGGGAUCUCUUCGAACACCCGAAAUCCUCAAAACCUGCCCUCAUAGUCGCCUUAACGUCAGUCACCAUGACCAUCAUUGCCAUUGUCCUUCUCUGCGUUGAAACUCUGCCGCAGUACAAAAAAUUCUCUUGUCUUGCUUCGGUUCGUUUGUUUUCACUCAAUUUCUUGGAUAUCUCAAAAAAUCCUUUCUUCAUAAUAGAAAGUGUUUGCAACGUGUGGUUCACCAUCGAAGUCGUCGUCAGAUUGGCCUCCUGCCCAUCAAAGAUAAACUUCAUCAAAGAUUUCAAAAACAUUGUGGACAUCUUGUCUAUCGUCCCUUACUACGUCACAGUCUUUACGCUGACUCUCACAAAGAAAGAUUGUCUCUUCAGUCAGAACAGCAGUGAUGCACUCGCCUUCUUGAGAGUCAUCAGACUCGUUCGCAUCUUCAAACUCACCAAACAUUCUAUUGGACUCCAGGUCCUUGUGCUAACAUUCAAGGCGAGCAUCGAAGGUUUGGGAAUGUUCUUCGCCACACUCAUCGUCUGCAUGCUGCUCUACUCAAGUGCCCUCUACUACGCCGAAGCUAACUACAAAGGGCAUGCUAGUAAAUCAGUUUUCAGCGUUUGCAUGUGUUAAAAUAUGUGUGACCGUGACCGUUACUGUAUUUGCGCGUGAUUAUAUGUGUGUUUGUGCACGUGUUUAUAUAAUUGUUGAUGUUUGAAGUUUGAACAUUUUUGCGCAUUUGUUCCCAUAUGUU